AUAACUUAGUCGGAACACUUAACAGUCGAUUAAGAUAUUGAUCACAAUUGUUGAUCAUCUAUCUUGUUGCGGUCGAUCCCAGUCGAUCACUUAAACAUAUCACUUUCCUUUUGGAAACGUUCACCCUGUAUUUAUGGCAAACUCUACCAAUGUUGGAAACAAGAAGGCCUUGCUCAUCGCAGUCCGCUCUGUGGAUAAAAAAGGCUUUCUUCCAUUGUGGCAUGCCCAUGAGGACGCUGAAUCGCUCAAACGCCUCCUUAUCGAUAACUUCAAUUACCCUGAAGCGAAUGUUGUAUUGAUGAAGGAUGAUGUGAAGCUCCCAAAACAUCUCUGGCCCACACGAGACAACAUACUCGAGCAAAUCACUAAGAUGGUUGCAAAUGCAUCCGCAAAUGACCGAUUUUUCUUUUAUUAUUCCGGUCACGGAAGCCAAGUAACUUGCCAGCACCAUACGGAAACAGAUGGAAAGGACGAAGUCAUAUACGCGUACACUGGCCGCUAUAUUAUUGAUAACAAACUAAGAAAGGCACUGGUGGAGCCUUUACCUCGAGGCAGUAAACUUUUCGCACUGUGGGACUCAUGCCACUCUGAGACAAUUUUGGGUCAGUGCUAGUGGCCCUGCUACCUAGCUAAUAUCCGAUCUGAUCAGAAUCCAAAAGACCUGGACCACUACAAGUGCAAUAAGUUAUUGUCUGGAGAUAUUGUGAGGACUCG